CACAGUGUGGAGGUUGGGCUGUGAGUUAAACUGGAGCUGUCCACGGUUUGACGUGUCUAUUCACUGUGCCGCCGUGCGGCUGAGAGCGCGUGCUCGCCCUGCCUCAUUUCCUGUGGCUAAGACUCGAGAGAGAGAGAGAGAGAGAGAGAGAGAUGGGUUCCUGAUACCGAAACGCGGAAAAGCAGGGGUGGGAGAGUUUGAGGGAAAAAAAAGAGACAGGCGGAGAGAACGGGAAUUUUACACUGACAGGAGCGUUGGGUAAGAAACUGAAUUUCUGAAAUCUUUUGUUUCUCACACUUUCACGUUGAGAAAUUGAAGCCCGACGCGUCGCCAGCGCUCGAACCCAGAACUCAUGGGUUAACAGAAUCUAUCCAGAAGACACAGCCACUCAGUGAUCCAAUGAACAACCGUAAGGAAGAUAUGGAAAUCGCAUCACACUACCGGCAGCUCCUGCGUGAGCUUAAUGAGCAGCGGCAGCAUGGCAUCUUGUGUGAUGCUUGUGUGGUUGUGGAAGGUAAGAUCUUCAAGGCACACAAGAAUGUACUGCUAGGCAGCAGCCGCUACUUCAAGACACUCUACUGCCAGGUGAAGAAGGGAACAGAGCAACAGGCUACCAUCACACACCUGGACAUUGUGACAGCACAGGGAUUCAAGACUAUUCUGGACUUCAUGUACUCUGCACACCUGGCACUCACCAGUAAGAAUGUUAUUGAGGUGAUGUCUGCUGCCAGCUACCUGCAGAUGACAGAGAUUGUACAGGCAUGUCAUGGCUUCAUCAGGGCAGCGCUAGAUAUUAGCAUUCGUUCUGAGCUGGCUGACAUGGAGCUGGCCAAUAUAGAGAUUAGUGGCAUGGUUGGAACGGGUACUGCUGGAGGAGCCUCUGAAGCACUGGUUUCCAUGAUCUCAGCUCGCAGCUCCUCACCAUGGCUGGUACGUCGUACCAGUCCUGCCAACUCGUCAGGGGACUCGGCAAUUGCCAGCUGCCAUGAAAGUGGCAGCACCUACAGUAAGGAGGAUCAUGAGCCUAAGAGCCAUGAGGACCCAUGGCCAAAUGACUACCGCUCACUUCAAGUCAAAGAGGAGCAGGGAUCACCAUCCAAUGCUCAGGACAGGACCAGCCAAGAGGCACAGGGAACACCCAUAGAGCAGAGCAAUGGAGGUGAAGGGAGCUGGCAAGCACCUAGUUCAAGACGAAGGAAGAACCGAAAAAACAAGGACACAGUUAGGCACAUCAUGCAACAGAAUGAGGGCAGUAGUCGUGGAGGUUCUCCGAUGUCUUCCAUGAUUUCCACAACCAGUUGGAGCUACAACAGUCAGGCUGACAUUCCAGGAGCAGAUGAGGCUGAGCCCAGUUCAGAUACCCGAGACCAGCGGAUGGACUUUUUCAUGAAGCAGGAGGAAGCACUAGCUGGUGAGCCAGGCUUCCAUGGCUCCUCAUUGGCCAGUGACAGGGAGGAGGUGGUGGGAGAAAGUCAGGAACAAGGUGGUUCUGUGGCCAACUUGCGGGCAGCGCUAAUGAGCAAGAACAGCCUGCUGUCUCUUGGGACAGAGAUGUUUAGUGAAGAAAAUACCCUGCUGUUUGACUACUUGCCCAAAGGAGGACACUCUCUCUCCCUAAAUGACUUCACAGUGAUCAGGAAGAAAUUCAAGUGUCCAUACUGCAGCUUCUCUGCCAUGCACCAGUGCAUCCUGAAGAGGCACAUGCGCUCUCACACAGGCGAGAGGCCCUACCCCUGUGAAAUCUGUGGCAAGAAGUUCACCCGCCGCGAGCACAUGAAAAGGCAUACACUGGUGCACAGUAAGGAUAAGAAGUAUGUAUGUAAGGUCUGCAGUCGGGUCUUCAUGUCAGCUGCCAGUGUAGGCAUCAAACAUGGCUCCCGUCGCCAUGGUGUUUGUACAGAGUGCUCAGGUCGUGGUAUGGCCGCCCUGCUGGACCACAACGGUGAAGAGGAAGAGCUCCUCUACCCUGGCAAUCACCGUUUCCCUGACGAUGGUGAAGAAGAGAUGAUCCCAGAGGCGGAGCUCAUGGAAGAAGCAGGUGAGGACGGAGAGGGCACAAAAUGGCCGGGCGACUCAGGUAUAGCACAGCGCAAUGAAGGUGUCACAGACGAUGCCAAGGAGGAGAGUGAUUCAGUGCAAGAGGGUGAGACCAGGGCAGGCAUUGAUAAAGAAUUUGCAUGGAUUUCCUAGUUGCGCACCAGGAGUCUGGUCCAUCCUGACACACCUUCUGACAGGCGUGUGCCAGUCUGAAGUGCCAGAGUCAGAUCUCUGUGUGUAAAGGGAGCCACAAUCUCACACACCAAUCCUAGAAAUGAAGAUUUGGCAGCCAAACAAGAGAAGGGAAUCCUCUCUCCAUGCUGCAAUGUGUGUCUGAGCCAGUGUUUGCUUCAUCUUCUUCCUUCUUUCAUCCUAAGGACCAGAUGAGUUGGGACGUUGGUGUUUUAUAUAAUUUAUUUCUGACCAGAGAGAAUAAAAGUGUCUUGGAUGUUGAUGUUAAUCAAUCAAACUGUGUUGAUGGCUUGGAGAAAGAAAGCAUAUGACUGGCACAAUCUCCUUAUGCAGUCACCACUGGCUGCUGUCUUAACUAUUCCAAAUCUGGGUAUGUCAAAUGACUUUCAGCAGUUUUGAGCACAUUGUUUUCUGCAAACAAAAACUGCCACAGAUUUGCACUUUAAAUAUUGACUGUCCUGUCAAUUCCUUGUUUUUGUGGUUUACAUUUUUAUUCCAAUUUACAAAUAUGGUGACCGCUCCUACCUUUAAAUAUACAGUUUCUCAAGACUGUUAUAUAUUUGUGCAGAGUGUGCUGAUUAUAAUGUAUGUUUUUUAAAUAUUUUCUUUCUUUGCCAAUUAAGUUUUCUUAAAUCAUGUGCACAUAAAAACAGGAAUGCGUAUAUUUGAUUAUUUGUGUUUAUAAAAGACAAUGGAUAGAAAAGAGAACACUAUGCAGAAAUGAAUUUGUCAGCUGUAGUUUUAGUUUCUCCUUCAAGGAAGUCCUUCAAGGAAAUUACAGUGAGACAGAGAUAGGGGUUAUGGUUGAUAUUUGAAUUAAUUGUUAAUAUUACUUUUUUAUCCUUAAUAUUUCCAUAUAACUUGCAUUCCAUGUCUCUUAGUCAGGGGAAAUGCUUGAUUUAUUAAGAGAAUAACCAGUGAGAGGUGGGUGAUUGUGUGUCUGUCUGAAUGUAUAUGCACAUGUGUGAGCUAUAUAGGAUCCCAAGGUUGUGGCAUUGUUGAAUAUGUGAAGCCAAUUAAAAUAGUCAUAAGUCUUUACUGCUAUUGAUCACUUUUAAUCAUUCUCUGAGUUGUCACUCACUAGUUUAUUGUAUUUUACUUUUUCAUUCUUGUACUGAAUUUCACCAUCUGCCUCUGGAAUCUUGAAACCUCUGUAAUUUGACAGGGAGUGCCAUGCCUUCCUCAAAAGUAUUUGUUAUAUCUGGACUCAAAAAUGUAUGCAUUGUUUUUUCUUUCAUGGAUCACACCAGAUAUUUGAUCUUCUAUGAUAUUUCUUUUUAAUAUCAUUCCUUCUUCUACUUUUUUCCAUUCCUCUUUAAGACUGUUUUUCUCCUAUUAUUGGUGUCUAGUUUGUUAAAAAAAAAACUGUUUAAAAGGUUUGUGUUGGAAAUACCUUAAGUCUGGCGCAUGCUUUAAGUGAAUUUUGUCUGUUUAUUUUGUUUGAUAGGUUAUUUAUUAACCAUACAAUUACUCAUCUAUUUAGAUAUUUCCACUCUUCUGUUUGUCUCCAGCUUCAAGAGCACAAACAGUAAAAAUGUAUAUUUUUAUGGAUGACAGCGAUUUGUGAAUGUUUUCAGUGUUUGUGUGUUCUUGCUAUGAGUACCUAUUAUUAUUAUUAUUAUUAUUAUUAUUAUUAUUAUUAUUAUUGUCAUUAAGUGCUUUAUUGGGAAUUUCAUUUAGCUAUUUUUUUCCCUCUUUGACGAGAGCAUAAACUCUCAGAUUUGCCUUGUUUGUGGGCAGUAAACUGUGUGGCUUUUUAUUAUGAGUGCCAGUUGCAUUUCUACUUGAUAUUUUAAAUGACAUUUUGUUUUCAUGAGAACAGAAACCUGCAGCUUGGCUAACACUUGGUUAGAUGUUGUCAGAGAGAGAUAUACUGCACAUGUUUCUUUAUUACAGACAUACACUAAAGUAAUGAAUAUUAUACCAAAAAACUAUCUAGUAUACUUUGUAUACAUUACAUGAAGUGCUUUUAUUUCAACAAUGUGCAGGUGUGAAGCUUUGAAUAGUGGUUUUCUUUGUUAUCUUUUUUUCCACUAACUCUAGAAUGCACAGAUAUUUGGUGUCAUUAUAUAAAAUAAAGGGUGUUUUAAGUUUUGUUAAGAUGAAUUUAGCUUUAAAAAUGUUGCCCUUAGAGACCUGCUCAGAGUUUCAUUCAUAUGUGCUACUGUAUGUUUUCACCUUGAACGUAGCAGUCUAAGACUUGGCACUGGCUUGGGAAUUAUGGGAAAUGUAUAAUUAAGUGAGAAUUUAUAUACACUUGUGUACCUUAGAUCCCAUCAGCCAAAGUCUUGGCUAUGUGUUACAUCUAAUGCCUCCAAGACUGGGAUAUUUUGCUUGGUUUUCUUUGUUUAAUUUAUUGUGAUCCUCAACUUUAAAUAAAAUGUAAAAAUCUUUUUAAAUUAA